ACGACCCUUUGUCCUGCACUCAAGAUAACAUUUGAUGACAGAUUUGAAAUUAUAUUGUCACAAUGAGUGUCAAGUUAACGCCGAUGCGGCGUGCGCAAGCAAGGUGGUUUUCCCUCUGGUUUUGGUCGCUGAUUCGUCAAUUCGGAGAGAACUUAUUUGAUAUGUUGCGGCGUAUUCCUUCUUUCCACAAUAAGAAUAUCAGACAAACCGGGGGGACUGGUUUCUUCGAUGCUGUGUGCAUCGUUAUUCUUGAACUCCAAUGGCAAUCACCAGCUUUCCUAUGUGGGGUUAAGCGCAUUCGAACAUGUAGUCUGGCUCUGACCAUAUCACGAAAAUUGAUUUGUUACAUUCCAGGCUCUGUUACAGAUACUGGUCACAAGUCAUCAUGGUGUGUUAUAGCGGUUUGCAUCGGCGGAUCAAAUGUUCCAUCCUUAGAUAUGCUGGGGAGUUUUCUUGAUGACUAACAGCU